UCAAAACAUUGUGAGCGCACGUUGUUUUUAAUUUUAUAACCAAUUUUUACAUACUUAUGUCGAAUUAAAUGUGAUAUUUUAUCGAAAUUGAAGAUGGUUAAAAGGGAUAAGACUAGUUCGAUUUCAGAAAAUGAGUCAAUAACAAACGAAAAUGGCAAAAGAUCGUUGGACACUAACACUAAAGAUAAUAAAACGAAAAGAAUCAGAGGUUUGUACAGACAACCAACUGUCGAGGAAUUAAAUCGCUUACAAGAAACAGAGAACUUAUUCAAUUCCAAUUUAUUCCGUCUUCAAAUAGACGAAGUACUUAAUGAAGUUAAAAUUAAAGAUAAAACAAUAAAAAGGUUCCAAGAAUGGUUCAAUGCACUAAAAGAACAUUUAAAAACAAUACCUGAGGAUGACACUGAAUACGAUUUGAGUGAGGACAAAAUUUACAAGCAUUUAGGUGUAAAAUCACCGAUAGGGAAGGAAUUAAGUAAAACAAAAUGUAUGUUCAAAUUUCAUAAAUUUCAAGAUAUAGAGAUUGUCGGUUCUUACGCUUUGGGCAACUCUAUUAAUUCCAAAUUAAUAAUUGACACACAGAUUACAGUACCAGCGGAGACUUACACUAAAAAUGACUCAAUAAAUUACAGAUAUCAUAAAAAACGUGCAGCAUACUUAGCAAGUAUUGCAUCUCAUUUGAAAGAUCUCGAAGUUAUAGAGGAACUUAAAUACAUCUACGUAAAUGAUUGUCAUACUAAACCGAUGCUAGAAAUCAAGCCGAACGGCAAAUUAAACAACAUAUUAGUCCGUGUAAACUUAUCCUGUAACCCUGAAGCGUACAAACUACACAGGUUCAGUCCUUUACGUAAUAAUUUGAGAGAAUCUUGGUUAUUUGAUGAAAAAGUUGAAACAACUCCUCCUCCCACACCUUAUUAUAAUAGUGGCAUUUUAAUUGAUUUAACAAAUGCAUUAAAUCAUGAAUUUUUAAAUGAAAUGUUUCUGAAUCGUGAAAAUUUAAAGCAAGCGGUAGUACUCUUAAAGAUCUGGCUCCGACAGAGAAAACUGCAAGUAUCUGGUUUUUUAAUCAGCAUGUUUGUUGCAUAUCUUGUGCAGAUAAAGAGAAUAAAUAAUAUUAUGAGUAGUUAUCAGAUUAUACGGAAUGUCUGGAUAUUUCUUAAAUCAUCAGAGUUGGAUACAAAAGGGAUAUCAUUGUUCAAAGGUACAGCAACUGUACCUACAAUAGAGGAAUUCCAUUCCAGUUUUCCAGUAGUGUUUAUUGAUAAAUCAGGAUAUUAUAACAUAUGUUGGGAUAUGCACAAAGGCACGUAUAAUGCGUUGAAGAGGGAAAGUUCAUAUGCUAUAGAAAUGUUGGACAAUCCAAAUAUAAAUAGCUUUAUACCAUUGUUUAUGACUCCGACUCAUGAGUUGUUGAAGUUUGAUCAUAUUAUAAGAUUCAAAAACCUCGCUUCUCUCAAAGAGAAAGUAUAUAACAAACUGUCAAGGUCUUCUCAAGUGAACUAUGGUGUGCAGCAACUAGCAUUAGUGACGGAAACUGUACACUCUGUGCUCAGCCGAGGACUGGGAGACAGAGCUGAGCUGGUGCUGCAGUUACUACAAGCUGAUCUCUCAUGGAGUGUUUACAAGAGUGUGGAUAAAGUCAAACUCAAACAUGAAGACAAGUUAUCAUUUGGUCUGGUGCUUAACUCGGAGAAUGUGAUGAAAAUAGUAGACAAAGGUCCCCCCGCUAACCUUCCUGAGUCAGAGGAAUUUAGGUCAUUCUGGGGAGAGAAGUCUGAGUUACGUCGCUUCCAGGACGGGUCUAUAACAGAGGCGGUGGUGUGGGCCGCCGACAGCCGCGCGCUGCCCACACAGAUCGUUGAUUAUCUCAUGAUGUUUAAAUAUGGAGUACCAUCAUCAGAUAUCUACCACAUGUGCGAGCAACUGGACAGCUUACUAGUAAGCAAGUCAGGGGAGUAUAUAGAAGAAAGCACAGCACAGGCUCAGCGUGCGUUUGACGAUCUACGCAGAGAUGUCCGCGCUCUCAACAAUCUACCUUUAGAUGUGACUGCUAUGUAUGGUAUAUCUCCAGUGUUCAGUUACUGCAGUGCUCUCGCGCAGCAGUUCUCGCUGCCAGUGCAACCACACCCUACGCAUGUGGACGUGCUCAAGAGCGGCCUGGUCUUCCGCCUGAGGAUAGCUCAUCCGAAGGAGGUGACCCUCCUGCAGAGGGAGACAGAGGAGGGUGUGGUGAAGCACAGAAGUAGUGAAGAAGCAGUGAAGCUGCAGUGCGAGACUGUGCUGCUGCCGAGGGUCAGAGGAGCUCUGCAUGGAUUACAGCAGAAGUACCCAGCGUACGGGCCCGCAGCGUGCCUCUUGAAGCGCUGGCUCUCCUCUCACCUCCUCUCGCCCCCCCACUUCCCCUCCACCCUCGCGGAACUCCUCACGUCAGCGGUGUUCCUCCGCCCAGCGCCGCUAGACCCGCCCUCGCAUCCGCUGCCCGCCUUCCUCAGAGCUCUGCGGAUACUGGCCGAUACAGACUGGGCCACGGAGAUGAUUGUUUUGGACUUCAAUAAUGAUUUGAAACGCGAAGAAAUAACAGAUUUAGAGCGUCAAUUCAACGAGACCGAACACAGACCGAAUAUGUACAUAGUGACGUCAUAUGACGGCGAUUUACCCUCGAUAUGGAGUAGGCAGGCGCCCAGCAAGGAAGUGCUGGCGAGAGCACAAGCGGUCGCACGAGCUACUCUCACUUAUUUAGAGAAAGCUUUGACAGAUGAAUACAAAGAUAAUGUAUUGGGUGUGUUCGUGCCUUCUCUAUCCGGAUAUGACGCCCUCAUCCGUUUGGCCACGCCCCUCGUGCCGCACGCCUCUGAGCGCAUAAGCCACGCCCACAAGCGCGCUAGCCACACCCACAACACGCGUCACAACGCCGAGGAUAUUGUAGAAGUUGUACCUGUGGUAGACUUCAACCCGGUGGAAAAAUACCUUAUUGAGUUAAGGAGCGCAUACGAUGAGUUCGCGUUGUUUUUCAACGACAGUUACGGCGGUGACGUCAUCGCGGUGCUGUGGCGGCCACAUAUACACGACCUUAGAGAUUUCCAGAUUGCAAAUGCCAACGCCCUGAUGCCAGAGGAAGUGAACGGCGAGACGAAAUACAAAGUGAACAAGGAAGCUUUGCUACAAGACUUCAGAAUACUUGGUCGUGGACUGGUUGAAGAUAUAACUGUCAAUUAAAAUAAUUUUAGCGUCAAUAUAAAUAUAAAACACUUAAAUAUUUAA